UCUAGAGCUAACGCUAGACUGCAAUAAAUUAGAAACCUCUUUUCUGUAAACACAAUACCUAGUUUUAAUUGUACUUCACGAUGAUUCACUUCUACUACACAAGUAAAGCUGUGGCUAAGACACAAUGCAAAUCAGUAAACAUGUAAUGCACCUAUAUCACACGCUACGACACUAUCUGCUGUGAUCAGUUUUUAAAGACAUCGCGGGAGACAUCCUGAAAUAACAUGAAUUUGCAGCAGCCCGCCGAUGCGCCCGCGCCGCGGCGCUACAGUCGCCCGCUUAUCCGACGCCAUUUUCACACAGUCCGUGAGCUUUCCCGCAUCCAGAUCAGUAACCAUCCCCCGCAGCGGCAGUGUUGCGAGACACGAGUUGUGUCGCAAGUUGUGGUGCCCUUUGCACGUGCUGAAGUCAAAAUCUGUUCUUCAUUCAAAGGAUUGCUUUCAGCUUAGAAUUGUCUUAGACACAGACCGAUGACUCUUAUUCAAAAAACUUUCGAAUCGAAAGCAGAAUCCAUGGAUAGACUGCAGACCAAAGAUGAUAAUGGCAAGUCCCUACGCCCCGUAAGAAACAGACGAUACACCAGGCGAAGUUUAGUGGCAGGCCAAAGACCUCAAAAAAGAUUAUUUACUCCAGAAAUCAAGAGAUAUUUAAAAGAUUGGCUCGUUCGGCGUAGAGAAAACCCAUACCCAAACAGAGAAGAAAAAAAGUUUCUUUCCAACGAAACAGGGCUUACAUAUAUUCAAAUUUGCAAUUGGUUUGCUAACUGGAGAAGAAAGCUAAAAAAUGUGAAUGCUGAACGAAAUCAACAAACAUGGGGACAUCUUAUACGCACAUAUAACGACCGUGCACAGGGAAAUGUUGAGCAAUUUAGCAUUUGCUCUGACGAUAGCAUAUGGAGCGAAAACGAACAAGCCAGUCCCAAAACAGGAUCGAUCGACUUGGCCCACAGUACGAACAACAGUCCAGAACAAACACAGCACCCGGAGUAUGAUUCAGAUUCAUCGUCCAUUUCUAAAGAAAGAAGCGAUAAUAUAAAUAACAACUCUUAUAAUGUUAUGCACGAUAAUUGCAAUCUUGCGGAGUCCAAUAGUGUUUCAAGUCCAUUACUGCUCAGCAAGUGGUUAGAGAGUGCAGCCCGCUUUCAACCCAGCGAAACCAAUUACUCAUGGUGGGCGGACGGAAAACGACGAAAGCCGGAGAACAAAAUGCAACGAGCAGUCAACACAACCCGCCAUGACCGAGAUGAAGUAGAGGCUGCAAUGGCUCUAACCACAUUGGCUAGUGCUACCAGACGUCUAACAGCGCCAUGAAAGAACAAUAUUUUGGAAAUUCUAAUGUUUAGGUGGUUUGAUUUGCGAUCCAGCUACAUAGCUUCCAAUAAACUGUUCCAAAUGUGCACAUUUCAAAGAGUAUUCUUUACAUUUGUUUCUUUAUAUCCUCAAAUAAAAUUCGAUAAAUCCAUAAUAUGAGAUUGUUAAUAAAUAGAGCCGUUACUAAUGUUCUAUGCUGUAUUUGUGUGAAACAAGUUUAAAAUAUAGAUGUAUCAAAGUUAAACAUUACAAAUUCUAUUGCAUCUUUAGUUUCUAAAUGGUACAUAGAUAUAAUAAAAUCGUCGUUAAAUAAUUGUCAUAUUUGUAUACAAACAGUAACUAACAGAGUUAUUAAGUUUGAAAUAAGAAUAUCAGCAGUGGUUAUAUGAUGGGUCUAAAUGUAAGUACAACCAGGUUACUCGCGUUAAUGUCUGUACGCCAAAUUCAAAUGUUCUUGCUCAAGUAUUACUAAUAUAAGAAAUUAUAAAAUACCUAUAUGUUGUAUGCAAUUAUGGUUAUAUUUUGAUCUCCAUUAGUUUA